UCAGCAAUUCUCUUUCUCUCUCUACUAAAUUAUAAAUUCAAUUUGUUCGUGCUUAAGUAAAUUGCAGUAGUUCAGUUUGCAUCCAAGUCACUGAACAUAAACUCGUCUCCACAAAACAGAGCAUGGAAAGCAUAAUCGCUAAGAAAUGGGCUUUCCAAAAUAACCAAGACCUCACGAAUGCAUCUGGCAUCACCAUUAAAGGGGUGCUGACCAAGUUAAUGGACAAUAUCAACAAAGAUGAUCCAAGACCUACCAUUCCUUUAGGCCGUGGCGACCCUUCUGUCUUCCCCAGCUUUCGGACUGCCACUGUCGCUGAAGAUGCCGUUGUUAAUGCUCUCCGCUCCGCCAACUAUAAUUGCUAUUCACCUACUGGCGGUGUUCUUCCUGCUAGAAGGGCCAUUGCAAAUUAUCUCAAUCAUCAUCUACCAUACGAGUUAUCACCAGAUGAUGUUUAUCUUACGGUAGGAUGCAAGCAAGCUAUUCAAGUUAUAUUAACAGUUCUUGCCCGUCCUGGUGCCAACAUUUUGCUUCCAAGACCUUGCUACCCAUUCUAUGAAGCUUUUGCAGAACAUAUCCAUCUUGAAUUUCGUCAUUUUGAUCUUCUUCCAGAAAAGAAUUGGGAGGUUGAUCUUGAUGCAUUGGAAGCUCUAGCAGACGAGAAUACUCUUGCUAUGGUUAUUAUUAAUCCGGGCAAUCCUUGUGGAAAUGUCUUUACUUACCAACAUUUGCAGAAGAUUGCAGAGACAGCAAGAAAGCUUGGUAUAAUAGUAAUUUCAGAUGAAGUUUAUGGCUAUCUCACGCUUGGCACUACCCCUUAUGUGCAAAUGGGCAUGUUUGGAUCAGUUGUGCCUGUCUUUACACUUGGAUCUAUGUCAAAGAGAUGGAUAGUUCCUGGUUGGCGGGUUGGUUGGCUUGUGGCAUGUGAUCCCAGUGGCAUCCUUAAAAAAUUAGAGAUUUGUGAUUGCAUUAAGAGCUAUCUAAAUAUUUUCCCCAAUCCAGCAACCUUUAUGCAGGGAGCAGUUCCGCAAAUCCUUGAGAACACCAAGGAGGAUUUCUUUUCAAAAAUCAUUGGCAUACUAAGAGAAGCUGUGGACAUAUGCUAUGAUAAAAUUAAGGAGAUGCCUUGGCUAGUUUGCCCAAAGAAACCAGAAGGUUCAAUGUUUGUAAUGGUGAAGCUGAAUCUAUCACUGUUGGAAGACAUUAAAGAUGACAUGGAAUUCUCUCUCAAGCUUGCUAAAGAGGAAUCAGUCAUUGUUUUACCUGGAUCAACAUUGGGAAUGAAAAACUGGCUCCGAAUAACUUUUGCUGUUGAGCUUUCAACUCUGGAAGAUGGCCUUAGGAGGAUAAAAGCCUUUUGUCAGAGGCAUGCCAAGAUGAACUAAAUAUGUGUAAGUUAUGAAGUCUGAGUCUGUGAUGAUCAGUUACAGCUUGUUGAUCUCAUGCUCCAUGGUUUCCUGCUUCUCAAAUAAAUGCAUAAUAAGGUGGAAUGGUGAUCGACAACUUCUCGUUGGAUCACCAGUGUCAUUGCUUUUUCUUAAUUCACAUAAUAUCCUUGUAGUAGGGAGUGACAAUAGUUGUGCAAACUCCUUGUGUUUGGCAUGAUGAUGUUUGUUAAAUUAUAUUAUCGUAUGUUGUUGUGGAAUUGGAAGAUUUUGUGUGAAAUUGAAUGUGUUGUUUGAUUGCAGUGAAA